CGUAAAGUCAGUUACUUGGUCCAUCACUGAUUCUGGACCGACCCUGACUGUUUCUUCCUAGAUUUUGUUCUCGAAUCUACAGAAUUUCAACAUCACUAUCUACCGAUUACGUCUUUCAAGGUGCCAAGGUGCUUUCAAGGUUCGGCAUUCGGCAACACUGGACCACUCAGACCCUUCAGAGUCAAGUCCGAAAAUUACGAAAUGAAAUAUGAUUUUCCACAAAAGUACGUUAUAGAAUCAAUUAUCAUUUAAUUUUCAUGUAUCCGUUUAAGUAAAGAGUUUGCAAUAACCAUCUAGCUUUUCGACUGGGAAACAAUAAAUUUACGUAAACAUGCAUAGGCUGCGGAACUCGUUAAUUCGUCAGUCAACAAGCUUGGUACGACACUACUCUAGAGACCCCCAAAGGCGGCCGUCGUUUCUUUCUAGGUUAUAUGAUAAUUUCAGGGAAGAAAUGGCAAAAAACAAGGAAAUGAAAGAAUCGUUGAAGAAAUUCAAAGAAGAAGCAGAGAAGCUAGAACAGAGCGAUGCUUUAAAAGCAGCUCGUCAAAAAUUUGAACAAGUCGAGAAGGAGGCAAGUAAAGGUGGAGAAGUUUUUAAGGAAAGUCUCAGUUCUAUUAAAGAAAAAGUACAAGGUGUCAUUGACGAAGCCAGUAAGUCAGAUAUAGCUAAAAAGGCUAGCAAAAUUACUGAGGAAGUUGGGAAAACGACACACAAGAUUAGUGAAAAAGCUCAAGAAAUUGGUAAAACAGGAGCUUUUCAAAGUAUCUCACAAGCAACACAAGCUGUUAAGAAAGAAAUAGAUACCACUAGUAUGGCAGGUGGCAGUGUUUACGUAAGCCCAAAGAAAUUAAGGAAAAGAACAGACACAGGUGCGGUUGUACACCAGAAGUAUUAUGAACCAAACACAGAUGCAACUGGUGUCGAGCUGCAUAAAGAUUCUAAGUUUUACGAGUCAUGGCAAAACUUCAAGAACAAUAAUCCAUAUGUUCACAAAGUCAUGGAUUGGAAACUUAAGUAUGAUGAAAGCGAGAAUCCUGUAAUUAGGGCAUCUAGGGCACUAACCGAAAAAGUUGGAGAGGUUGUAGGCGGAUUGUUUCAAAAGACAGACUUAUCGGAAACUCUCACAGAAAUUUGUAAGCUAGACAACGCGUUCGAUACUAAACGAUUCCUCAAGCAAUGCGAAACAGACAUAAUUCCAAAUAUACUAGAAGCCAUGACUAGGGGAGACUUGGAAGUACUAAAAGACUGGUGUCAUGAAGGUCCUUAUAACCUGUUUGCAAUUCCCAUUAAGGAAGCUUAUAAAAAAGGAUACAGGAUAGAAUCUAAGAUCCUUGAUAUCGAUAACGUGGACUUAGUUAUGGGAAAAAUUAUGGACCAAGGACCGGUACUGAUCAUAUCGUUCACGUCCCAGCAAGUAAUGGUAGUGAGGGAUGUCCAGGGUAACAUAGUGGAAGGAGAUCCUAACAAAAUUAUGCGCGUUAAUUAUGUGUGGGUAUUGUGCAGGGACGCCACAGAACCGGAUCCGAGGGCCGCGUGGCGACUGCUGGAUCUGUCAGCUAGCAGUAACGAGCAACUAGUUUAGGAUAUAAGUUGAACGAAAUUACCAGGAUAAAUCUUUGCUCGCCCUUGUUGUUGUUAGUUAAAGGGGCGGGCUGACGAUGGAAGGUUGCUGACUGAAGAAGGAAGGUUCUACUGAUUACCUUCGAGGCGCGAUGGAUAUGGCACCGAGGUGUUUGAACCGAGAACAGCAACGAACGCGGUUGAACAAAUUUUAGGAUAAGAUCCGCCAAUAUAUUUUUGUUAUAUUGUUGUUUUUAUUUUUUAAAUACAAAAAUUGGAUAUCGA